GUUUGAUGUCUCAGUUUCCUCAACUUCUCCCUGUUGCAAGGGGAGGGAUCCCUGGGAUUUUGGGGUGCACCCCCCAGCCCUGGGGAUCUGUGAGGGCUGUGGGUGGUGGGGGCUUCCUCCAGCCCCCAGCUGGAGGGGAUUGGGGAGAAUCCCCUUGGGAUGACUGUUGAAGUGGCUGGUUUCCUCCCCAGCUGUGGAUCUGGGGGGAAAAGCUGGAAAUUUGGCUGCAGGGAGGGCUUGUCCCCCUGGCAGAGCAGGAACAGGGUGUGGGGAGAGGGACAGGAACCCACCAGGAAUGGGGGGGGAACCCUCUCCCUGUGCUCCCCAGUGCUGGCACACCCCCUGCCCUGCAGCAGCACAUGGACUGAGGUUAAAAAAGCCAAUUUUGGGUGUUUUGCAUUAUCUUUGAGUGUGACCCUCAGACCAGGGACCCCCAAUACCAUGAAGAAGCAGAUGGGGGGAGGGGAGGGGACACAAGCUUUAUUUUGAACCUGUGAACCCCUGGCAUGGGAAUAGGGGUGGGGAGGAGCUUGGCUGCAGCCAAUCCUGAGGGAUUUGCAGCCUGGGAUGCUCCCUGACCCUCCCUCCCCACAGGGCCCCGGUGAGGAUGAGCAAUGGGGAGGCUGGGGGAGACCCCCACACCCGCACCCAGACCUGGAAGAGGGAGAGCAUCUGCCGAGGUGAGCGGUUUUCCUUCCCGGAGGUGGAGGACGACGUGAUCUACGACGACGUUCCCUGCGAAAGCCUGGAUGCCGAGCAGGAUGGAGCAGGGAGGGAGAGGAGCCUGAUCUAUGAGGAGGUGCAGCGAGGAGAGGGGUCCCGGAUCAGCGAGGAUUUGGGCUGGAGCUCCAGUGAGUUCGAGAGUUACAGCGAGGACUCUGCAGAGGAAAGCAAAGCCGGGGCCGAGCCCACCAAACACCGAGCGUCCUUCCAGCCCAAGCUUUCUCCAGACCUGAAUAGACUAAAGGAGAGAUACGCCAGGACUAAGAGGGACAUCCUGGCUUUAAGAGUUGGGGGGAAGGACAUGCAGGAGCUGAAGCAGAAGUACGAUUGGAAGAUGACCCAGCUGAUGAAAGCGGCCAAAAGUGGCACCAAGGAUGGUUUGGAGAAGACCAAGAUCGCGGUGAUGAGGAAGGUGACGUUCCUGCACCGGAAAGAAACACCAGGGGAUGGGGAGCGGAGGAGGAGGGCGGAGGAGGCGGGAAAGCCGCCGCCUUCCCGCCGGAGCUCGAGGGUGUCCCUGGAGCAGCACGGGGGAGGGGACUCAGAGGAGGAGGACACGGGGUUCCUGGAGGUCACGGUGUCGGACAUGAAGCACCCGCCGCCGGAGCUGGGCCCCAUGCCCGAGGGGCUGAGCCCUCAGCAGGUGGUGCGGCGGCACAUCCUGGGCUCCAUCGUGCAGAGCGAGCGGAGCUACGUGGAGUCCCUGAAGCGCAUCCUGCAGGAUUACAGGAACCCGCUGCUGGAGAUGGAGCCCAAGGUGCUGAGCGCCAGGAAGUGCCAGGUGGUGUUUUUCCGGCUGAAGGAGAUCCUGCAGUGCCACUCCAUGUUCCAGAUCGCCCUCGCCUCCCGCGUGGCCGAGUGGGACUCGGCCGAGAAGAUCGGGGACCUCUUCGUGGCCUCGUUCUCCAAGUCCAUGGUGCUGGAUGUCUACAGUGACUACGUCAACAACUUCACCACGGCCAUGUCCCUCAUCAAGAAGGCCUGUCUCACCAAACCCGCCUUUCUCGACUUCCUCAAGAAGAGGCAGAUGGCGAGUGCCGACCGGGUCACGCUCUACGGGCUGAUGGUGAAGCCCAUCCAGAGGUUCCCUCAGUUCAUCCUUCUGCUGCAGGACAUGCUGAAGAACACCCCCAAGGGCCACGCAGACCGCCUGUCCCUGCAGCUGGCCCUCACCGAGCUGGAGACGCUGGCGGAGAAGCUCAACGAGCAGAAGCGCUUGGCCGACCAGGUGGCCGAAAUCCAACAGCUCAGCAAGAGCAUCAGCGACAGGAGCAGCCUCAACAAGCUGCUGAGCUCGGGGCAGAGGCAGCUCCUGCUCUGCGAGACGCUGACGGAGACGGUGUACGGGGACCGGGGGCAGCUCAUCAAGUCCAAGGAGAGGAAAGUUUUCCUGCUCAAUGACAUGUUGGUCUGUGCCAACAUCAACUUCAAAGGCCAACUGGAAAUCAGCAGCCUGGUGCCCCUGGGGCCCAAAUACGUGUUGAAGUGGAGCACGGCCCUCCCGCAGGUGCAGGUGGUGGAGGUGGGGCAGGAGAGCGGCGCCUACGACAAGGACAACGUCGUCAUCCACAACGCCGGGGCCAAGAGACACGCGCCCGCCGGGCAGGCCUCGCACAAUAAAGUUUACCUGGGGCCACCACGGCUCUUCCAGGAGCUGCAGGACCUGCAGAAGGACCUGGCGGUGGUGGAGCAGAUCACCCUUCUCAUCAGCACCUUGCACGGCACCUACCAGAACCUGAACAUGACAGUGGCCCAGGACUGGUGCCUGGCCCUGCAGAGGAUGAUGAAGGUGAAGGAGGAGGAGAUCCACUCUGCCAACAAGUGCCGCCUCCGGCUCCUGCUCCCCGGGAAGCCGGACAAGUCCGGCCGCCCCAUCAGCGUCAUGGUUGUGUUCAUCACUCCCAGCCCCCUGAGCAAGAUCUCCUGGGUGAACCGCCUGCACCUGGCCAAGAUAGGCCUGAGGGAGGAGAACCAGCCGGGCUGGCUCUGUCCCGACGAAGACAAGAAGAGCAAAGCCCCUUUCUGGUGCCCCAUCCUCUCGUGCCACAUGCCAGCCUUCUCCUCCAAAGCCCUUGAUCUGCAGCUCGGAGCUGCAGUUCACAACCCCGUGCAGUCCUCCCUGCUGGGCUUCUCCGCCGUCAGCACGUCGCUGCCGCAGGGCUACCUCUGGGUGGGGGGCGGCCAGGAGGGCGCGGGGGGGCAGGUGGAGAUCUUCUCCCUGAACCGCGCCGUGCCGCGCACCGUCAAGUCCUUCCCGGUGGCCUCGCCGGUGCUGUGCAUGGAAUACAUCCCAGAGCCAGAGGAAGGGGAUCCCCCGGGCUGCCAGGAGCCCCGAGCCAGCGAGCAGCCCCCCUCAGCCCCUCACCCCACCGUGUGCCUGGGGCUGCAGGACGGCAGCAUCCUGGUCUAUGGAAGCGUGGACACGGGAACGCCGUGCCUGCUGAGCUGCAAAAGCCCGGGAAUGCAGCCCAUCCUGUGCCUGAGGCACAGCCCCGAGUUCCUGUUUGCCGGCCUGCAGGACGGCACCGUGGCCGCCUAUCCCCGGAGCAACGGGGGGCUGUGGGAGCCGGCAGUGCCGCCCACCCGCCUGGCCGUGGGCAGCGGCCCCGUGCGAGCCCUGCUCACCCUGGAGGACACCCUGUGGGCCAGCUGUGCCAACCAGGUCACUGUGCUCGAGACCACCACCCUCCGUGCCCAGCAAACGUUCGAGGCGCACCCUGAGGCCGAGGCCAGCGUGACCCACAUGGUGAAGGCGGGCAGUGGGGUCUGGAUGGCCUUUUCCUCGGGCUCCUCCAUCCGCCUCUUCCACACCGAGACCCUGGAGCACCUGCAGGAGAUCAACAUCGCCACCAGGACCACCUUUGUGCUGCCAGGUCAGAAGCAUGUGCGUGUCACCAGCCUGCUCAUCUGCCAGGGCUCGCUCUGGGUGGGCACCGACCAGGGCAUCAUCGUGUUGCUGCCCGUGCCCCGCCUGGAGGGGAUCCCCAAAAUCACCGGAAAGGGCAUGGUGUCCCUCAACGGCCACGCGGGCCCCGUGGAGUUCCUGGCCGUGGCUCUGAGCACUUUGGCCCCCGACGUCCUCAAGGGCGACCGGGAGGAGGAGGAGGAGGCGGCGGAGGAGGAGAAAGCCCCGGAGCUGGACGGGCCUCCCCCUCGGGAGCUGAGGAAGAAAGGGAUCCUGCUGCAGUACCGCCUGCGCUCCACGUCCCACCUGCCGGGCCAGCUGCUGUCCGUGCGGGACGCGCCGCCCGGAGCGCCCGCGCACACCGAGGAGGACGGCUCCAUCUACGAGAUGGCCGACGAUCCCGACGUGUGGGUGAGGAGCCGGCCCUGCGCCCGGGACACGCCCAGGAAGGAGAUCUCCUCGGUGGCCAUCGUGUCCGGGGGCCGCGGCUACCGCAACUUCGGCGGGGACGGCCCGCGCCGGGGGGACAGCGACAGCGCCCUGCUCAUCUGGCAGGUCCCGCUGAUGCUCUAGCGUUCCCGGGAUUCCUCACUCACCGCUGGUGCUGCAGCGUUCCCGGGAUUCCUCACUCACCCACUGAUGCUGCAGCGUUCCCGGGAUUGCAGCCCUCCCUGCUCAGCUGGCAGAUCCUUCUGCUGCUGCAGUGUUCCCGGGAUUCCUCACUCACCCACUGAUGCUGCAGUGUUCCCGGGAUUCUCUCCCCACCCUGCUCAUCUGGCAGAUCCCGGGGUUCCCCCUCAUCCUGCUCCCCUGGCAGAUCCCGCUGAUGCUGUGGCAUUCCCGAGAUUCCCGGCCAACCCUGCUCAUCUGGCAGAUUUGGGAUGCCCCCCCCAUCCUUCUCCUCUGGCAGAUCCCACCGAUGCUGCAGCAUUCCCAGGAUUCUCUCCCCACCCUUCUCCUCUGGCAGAUCCCGGGAUUCUCCCCCACAGCUGCUCCUCUGGCAGCUCCCGUUGCUGCUGCAGCAUUCCCGGGAUUCCCCACCAACCCGGCACCUACCUCAAGCCACCCAAGAGCUGCCGGGGGUGGCCCUGCCCUGGGUGCAUCACCCGUUAUUUUUAUAAGGAGGAAAAAAACUGAAGAAACAGGGAGUUUCUUCCCUCAAAAACCAGCUGUUUGCAUGGAAAAUGGGAAUUGUGGGGGCGGGAGCGGCGCCCUCCCUGCGGGCUGUGGGGGGACCGCUCCGGGCCCGAGGUGUCCGUGUGUCUGCGUGUGAAUAUCUCUCUAUAAAUUUAUAUAUAUAUAUAUAAAUAUGUUGUAUAUUAUGAGCUGUAAAAAGCAGGAGUCUGUAUAUAUUGGGACACUGGGAGCAGCAGGAAUGGGGGUGGGAGCUCCCAGCGGGUUUGGCCUGGAAUAACCACUUCUUUCUGACUGUGACUUGAGGAUCUUUGGUACGAAACCCCCUGGUUUUGGGAGCUGAGGACGCCUUGGCUUCCAAGGGAAGGACGUGGGGGGAGUGUGGAAAUAAAGCCCAUAGGAACUGGC